AUGCUUGUAAAUAAAGUCAAUGGUCCUAUACUUUUGUCUUGUCUUUUCCUUUAUUGGGCCCAACUUAUGAGAGUAGGCUUACAAGAAGUACAUUCUCAAUCUAAUAAACAGAAACGUCGUGUCCCACAAGAAAAAAGUAGGCCCCGUGGAAUCACUGAUAGCUUCAAGAAGGGUAUUUUAUUCGUUCUCUUAAGCCAUCGUCGGCUUACAGUAAAAGCGGUGACAUUUGCUGGAACUUUAAUUGCCGAGACUGAUACACAAUAUGCAAAUUACUACGGGAAUUGGAACAUUGGAAACAUCCUGGACACAUUCAUUCUCUCUAUUUCAAGACAGCUUAAACGAAGAGUUUAUUUGAUUACGGGUCUUGCACGACAUGACAGACUUAUGAUUCUCUGA